AUGGUUAAGCACAACAACGUGAUCCCCAACGUCCAUCUGCGCAAGCACUGGCAGCGCAACGUCCGCGUCUGGCUCAACCAGGCCGGUCGCAAGCACAGAAGACUCGAAGCUCGCAGAGCCAGAGCCGCCGCCAUCGCUCCACGCCCCCUCGACACCCUCCGUCCCUCAGUCCGCUGCCAGACCAUCCGCUACAACCACAGACCCAGACUCGGAAAGGGAUUCACCCUCGCAGAAAUCAAGUCCGUCGGUCUCGGACUCCAGUUCGCCCGCUCCGUCGGCAUCGCCAUUGACCACCGUCGCAAGAACCGCAGCCAAGAAGGAUUCGAAGCCAACAAGGCCAGACUCACUAACUACCUCAGCAAGCUGGUCCUCUAUCCCAGACAUGAAUCCCACCUUGUCACCAAGGCCAAGACUGGCAUCGUCAAUGACACCCCCAAGGUACGCUUCCCAUUUACUCAGGAUCAACAGACUGUUGCUACUGCUCCAGUUGUCAACGUCUUGCCCACCCUCGUGAAGAGAGUGCGUUCCGUCAGCAAGCUCCAGCUCGAGAGUCUCCGCAAGUCCAGCGCCUACAGAUCCAUCCGCCAGGAGUGGAACAACCAGCGCAACGAGGGCAAGAGACAAAAGAAGGCCCGUGAAGCAGCUGAAAAGAACAACUGA